CUAGCCUGGGAACCUCCAUGUGCCUUGGGUGUGGCCCUAAAAAAACCACCUCCCCAAAAAAGAAUAACGAUAUACAUGAAAAAAAAGAAAGAACAAUGCUGCUGGGUGGUUUGGUGAUUCUGGUGGAAUGUUGGGGCUUAAGGUUCCCUGAAGUGGGUGGAGGAAUAUUGCGAGGUGGGCAGAGGAGAUGGAGGGUGUGGACAACUCUCAUUGGAUGCUUGAUGUUGAAGGGAGGACAGAUGAGAACGUGGAUUUGAGGGAGGCUGUUCUACAGAGACCUGAGCACCUGUAGCCGCCGAUGGAAAGGAGAAGUUGUGGGCACAGUGUGAGAGGAGCUAGCUGGUUAGUGGAGAGUGGCUUCUGAAGGAGCAGGAGAAGUGGGGGAGAAGGGCUGGUCUCAGGAGGCACACAGCCUGUGUUGUGGCAGGGGAAAGUAUGGAUUCAGUUUGGCCGCAGGAGCUCGUGGUUUUAACUGCAUUUCAGCUAGACGCUGGGGCAGGUGUUCGGGUAAGAGCUGAGAGGUUGGCUGUGGGAACGGAGAGAAGGGGUUAUUUGGGAGGGAGGCAGUGUGCCUCGGUGGCCACAGAUGUGAAGAGGCCUGUCUUCCAGCUGGUGACAUGCAGGACAGUGUGCUACUAAGAACCUGCACCGUGACAACUGAUAGGAAGACAUGGAUGCGGAAUGGACAAUCAGACUGUCCUGGCCGUCCAGUCAUUGUUGGAUGGCCAAGGAGCAGUUCCUGAUCCAACAGGCCAGAGUGUCAACGCACCGCCUGCUAUCCAGCCACUGGAUGACGAGGAUGUCUUUCUCUGCGGGAAGUGUAAGAAGCAGUUCAACUCACUGCCAGCGUUUAUGACCCACAAGCGGGAACAGUGCCAGGGAAGUGCCCCACCCUUGGCCACAGUCUCACUGGCCACCAAUAGCAUCUACACACCAUCAGCAGCACCCACAGCAGUCCAGCAGGCUCCGCCUCCUGCCAAUCGCCAGAUCUCCACGUACAUUACGGUGCCCCCAUCCCCACUGAUCCAGACCCUGGUGCAGGGGAACAUCUUGGUAAGCGACGACGUGCUCAUGUCUGCCAUGUCGGCCUUCACAUCCCUGGACCAGCCCAUGCCCCAGGGCCCCCCGCCUGUGCAGAGUAGCCUGAACAUGCAUUCUGCGCCAAGCUACCUCACCCAGCCUCCGCCUCCUCCUCCACCCCCUCCCCCGCUGCCCCCACCCCCACCCCCCCAGCCCCCACCACCCCCACCCCAGAGCCUGGGCCCCCCCGGGCGUCCCAACCCCGGCGGGAAUGGCGUGGUGGAGGUGUACAGUGCCACAGCACCCCUGGCUGGGAGCGGAACGGUGGAGAUCCAGGCCUUGGGAAUGCAGCCCUACCCACCCCUGGAGGUGCCAAACCAGUGUGUGGAGGCUCCAGUAUACCCCACCCCCCAGGUAUAUAGCCCUGGCAAACAAGGAUUCAAACCGAAAGGACCAAACCCUACUGCCCCCAUGACCAGCGCCACCGGGGGCACAGUGGCCACCUUUGACUCCCCACCAUCACUGAAGACCCGACGGACCAAAGGUUCCAGUGGACUCCCAGAAGCUGCAGGGAAGCCGAAGGCUCAGAAACUCAAGUGCUCAUAUUGUGAUAAGUCAUUCACCAAAAACUUCGACCUGCAGCAGCACAUCCGCAGCCACACUGGAGAGAAGCCCUUCCAGUGCAUUGCCUGUGGCCGUGCCUUUGCCCAGAAGUCCAAUGUCAAGAAACACAUGCAGACCCACAAAGUGUGGCCUCCAGGACGCAGUGGUGGCACCGUCUCUCGCAACUCUGUGACUGUACAGGUCAUGGCCCUGAACCCUAGCAGGCAGGAGGAUGAGGACAGCACAGGGUUGGGCCAGACCCUGUCGAGCGCCCCCCAGCCCCAGGCCUUGCCCCCAGCAGGUGAGGAUGCAGGGGACAAGCUGGAGGCCAAGCAGGUGGUCCUCAUCGAUAGCUCCUACCUGUGCCAGUUCUGCCCCAGCAAGUUUAGUACCUACUUCCAGCUCAAGUCCCACAUGACCCAGCAUAAGAAUGAGCAGGUGUACAAAUGUGUGGUCAAAAGCUGUGCACAGACGUUCCCGAAGCUUGACACCUUUCUGGAGCACAUCAAGAGCCACCAGGAGGAGCUGAGCUAUCGCUGCCACCUCUGUGGCAAGGACUUCCCCUCGCUGUACGACCUGGGCGUGCAUCAGUACUCACACAGCCUCCUGCCGCAGCACAGCCCCAAGAAGGACAGUGCCGUCUACAAGUGUGUCAAGUGCGUCAACAAGUAUUCCACCCCCGAGGCACUGGAGCACCACCUGCAGACCGCCACUCACAACUUCCCCUGCCCGCACUGCCAAAAGGUGUUUCCUUGUGAACGCUACCUGCGGCGUCACCUGCCCACCCAUGGCAGUGGGGGCAGGUUCAAGUGCCAGGUGUGUAAGAAGUUCUUCCGGCGGGAGCACUACCUCAAACUGCAUGCUCACAUCCACUCAGGAGAGAAGCCCUACAAAUGCUCAGUGUGUGAGUCCGCCUUCAACCGCAAGGACAAACUGAAGAGACACAUGUUGAUCCAUGAGCCAUUCAAGAAAUACAAAUGCCCCUUCUCGACACACACGGGCUGCAGUAAAGAGUUCAACCGGCCAGACAAGCUGAAGGCUCAUAUCCUCUCCCACUCGGGUAAGUGGCCCCUGGACCUGCCAGAAGGGUCUAGUUCAGCUCAAGCCCCCCUGGGCAGGCCCACUGGAAAGAGCAGACACCCCCUGGGAGGCUUAGUAUCCCUGCCUGGUGCAUCCCGGCCCACAGACCUGCGCUCCUAUGAGCCCGGCCAGUGUUUGGGUUCUCAGGGUGCACAGAGGUGCAUCAGACAGUCCCCCAGGCUGAGGAGGAAGCUGACACAGGAGGAGAUGACUAUAAAUCAGAGGCACCCGCUGCGUUCGAGGUGUGGGUCAGGUGGAGAUCUGAUUCUGACUGGGUCCAAGAUAAGGCCUGGGAGGUUCCUCGGUCCCUUCAGCAGAGCAGGCGUGUGGAGUGGGGGCGUCUCCACACCACUUCUCAGUUUUCUGGGGGCUCCAUGGAGCUUCCUCUGGGGCUGCUGCUUCCCCAGAGCAGCAUGGCUGGCUUUCCACGUACCACUGGGACUAGAACAUGGUUUCUCAAUAUCAGCACUAUUGAUAGUUGGGGCUGGAUCAUUCUUUGUUUUGGGCGGCUGCCCUGAGUACUGUAGAUUGUUCAGCAGCAUCCCUGGCCUCUACCCCACAGUUAUGACAACACAAACUGUCUCUAGGAGAAGAGCCAAAAGAUCCCUGGGGAGUAGAGUCACCCUGGUCAACAACCACUGGUUUACAGGAAGGAUCUAGUGGCUAAAGAAAGUCUGAAAGCUGGGAGAGUAGUUCGAGGACUUAGAGACAGAGGCCCUGGGCCUGAUUUUGGGGCACUACCAUCCUGCUGGGUGGCCUCCGACGAGUUACUGCCCUCUCUGAACCAUCAUCCCAAGGAGGCUGAGGGGGCCACAGGCUGCGUGUGGGAUGGAGUUGACUUCAUGGUGGACACGGAAGCACCAGUGAUUCAUUUAGUGAGUAACUAUUGAGAAUCCGCCAUGUGUUGGGCACUAGGGGUACCAUGGGGGAGCUGGGCAGAACCCCACCCUGCCCUCCAGGGGAAGCCUAGCAUUUAUUGGCAGAGAUUGACAAUGAACAGCAAACGAGUAAGUAUGUUACAGCCAAGAUGGAAAUAAACAGAGUGAGGGGGCAGAGAAAGAAGAGAGGUGGGUAUCAGGGAGGCCUCCUAGAGGUGGUGACAUGAAAGCCAUGUCCGAGGGAUGAGAAGAACCAGGAAACAGCUUCUGGGUUGAGGGAGCAGCAAGGGCAGGGCCUUGAGAGAGGGAAGAGACUGAGGUGUGUUUGAGACCUGGAAAGGUGCGUGGAAGGCCUGGAGCUCAGAGAACAAGAGAGGAGAGAGGAGGGGGUUGGCGCUGAGAGGGGAAGGGAUGGGCUUUGAACCCAUGGAGGGUUUGGAGCAGGGAGUGUGGUGAAGAGGUUCUGGGGGGAAUGGUCUCAGGGGCCGGGGUGAGGCAGGCAGGCCAGAGAGGAGAGGGAUGAUGGCAACCUGGCAAAGUUAGCCAAGGUUUUUCGGGCCGAGCUUGCUAUUCCAGGCAGAAAGAAACAGAAAGUGCCUCCAGAGGCAGGGGGCAUUUGAGGAGAACGGGUGUGGCUGGCACAGAAUAUGUGGCUGGGAGAAGGUGGGAGACGAGGCUGGAGGGAGCAGGACCCAGAUCACACCCAUGCUCGUAGGGCAAGCUGAGAAACUGGGUUUUAUUCCAAGUGUCGAGGCACCAUUGCAGGGUAGAGGGUCUGGGUGCCUCUCACUGCCUCUUCCCUGCCCCCCAGGCAUGAAGCUCCACAAGUGCGCCCUGUGCAGCAAGUCCUUCAGCCGCCGCGCCCACCUGGCCGAGCACCAGCGCGCCCACACGGGCAACUACAAGUUCCGCUGCGCCGGCUGCGCCAAGGGCUUUUCCCGCCACAAAUACCUCAAGGACCACCGCUGCCGCCUUGGCCCCCAAAAGGACAAGGACCUGCAAGCCCGAAGGCCCCCUCGGAGGAGGGCUGUCCCUCGAAGUGGCAGCAGUAGUGGGUGCAAGGUGGUGACACCUCUGCCUGACCCGCUGGGGCUGGAGGAGCUGAAGGACGCAGGGGCUGGACCAGUGCCCGAGGCUGCCCCGGGCAAGCCUCCCUUCUCAGAGCCGGAUGCCGUGCUGUCCAUCGUGGUGGGGGGCACAGUGGGUGGCGAACCUGAGCUGGUGGUGCCUGGGCAUGCGGAGGGCCUGGGCUCCAACCUGGCGCUGGCGGAGCUGCAGGCAGGGGCCGAGGGUCCCUGUGCCAUGCUUGCUGUGCCCGUCUACAUCCAGGCCUCGGAGUGAGGGACCCAGGGUGUUUGUUCCCAUGGACCUGCUGGAUGCUGACCUUUGGGUCUGGGCCCUCUGGGAGCAGACUCGAGAUCCUUCCCAAUGGAAGCGAGCCAUUGGUCAAGGUCCUUUUGGAAUGUCAUCUGUAAACCCUGGCCCAAGGCCACCUCGCUGGGUCCCCUAUCCUGCUGGGAAGUCCUGCAGCAUUCUGGGAAAUGAGGCAGGGGCAAUGGCAUGCCUGAGUGGCCUGGAGUCUGGCUGGUCCAGCCUGGUGGUUGGGCUGCCUAAGAAAGAAGACAGGGCAGUCCCACCCACCCCUCCUUCAGGCUGCCUAGGGGCAGCCUCUAGUCAAGCUGCUCUUGCCUAAUAAGGUGAUAGUCCCUAUCUGCUGGACCUUAUCUCUUAUGUUCCCCACAGCAAUCCCAGACAACUCUGUGAUGUAGGCAUGUAGGAGGGACUCCAGUUGCGAUUAGAUUGCAACCAUCAGCCAGAUCUGACUUCAAAUCCAAGCGCUGACACUCACUGUGUGACCUUGGGUAAGUCACUUUACCUCUCUGAGCCCCACUUUCCUCAUCUGUACAAUGAGACUUAUGACAGUUCUACCUCAUAGGGCUGCCUUGAGGAUCCAGUAUGAUGAAAUGUGCAAAGAGUUCGGCACAGUGCCCGGGACUCAGAAAGUGCUCAAUAAAUGUUUUUAUCAAAAUGUCUGUC